UUUACAGUUUUUGUCUUCCUACUUGUGUGCUUGUUUUUCCAAUGUCUCUUAAUCAUUUAUGUUUUGCAAUUUUUGUUUUGAAUUUGGAAUUCAGGUAUUAGAGAAAUUUAUUGAUGUACAUUGAAUCGAGAAAAGUGAAAAUUUGGACAUGUGUGUGAAGAAAAUGAAAACAAAGAGGGAAGAAAAGAUUACGAUGACCGAGGACUCCAAGAGGCAGAAACUACUUGAACCGACUUUAUCUCCUCAGCCUACGUUUGACAAUGCCCUUUUUCCUCUUACUUCGUACGAUGAGGACGAAGAUGAUGAAAUGAGAGAUGUGGAUAGGAUUAGGCCAACUGCUUCUCAAAAUGCCAAGUGGCAUGAACCAACUUCUCAAAAUACCGAGUGGCAAAAGCCACCUCCUCCAAAUGUCAACUGGCAUGAGUUCCUUGGGCACUUUAAGCCUCACAAUGAGGAUGAUGAAGAGAAUGAGUAUGGUGAAAAUGCAAGACAGGGGAAGCUUAAUCGCAUGGUUGAAGGGAGGAGGGACUAUCCUUACCUUGAUAAUGUUAACCGCCAAGGAGAAUUGGUGGUUGUGAAAGAGAUUCAUAUCAGAGCUAUAGCUGAGAAGAAAGAGAAUGGAGAUGCCCAGUAUAAUGGAACCGAUGGUGGCACUGAACUCAAUAAUGUGGUUAGCGAGACUAGCAGAAUGCCGUUCCUGAUGCUCGGACUAGAUUUGCCUCCGCCGCCUCUUUUCCAAGAUGUGAUGGAGAAAAAUAUAAUUAUCCAGGGGGAGGAUCCUACAAGGAUCUUCAUGUCUCAAGUGACUCUGCCUCAGAUGGUUUCUCUCUCUGAAGCUUACAUGCAGAUAUAUGAGUAG